AUGCUAAAUAUGAUGGUUCGUAAUAGAAACGAGAUCAGCCCGGUUGUCAAUAGCAUGGAGCUAUUAGCUGCGCAGAACGAGCACCGUGGGCCGACGCAGCAACAAGGGGCGUUAUGGCCGCCCACACCGCCACCAUCGGCACACACAAACCCCUUCCUGACCCCCGCGGACACGGGCGGUUGUCAAUCUAGGACCGUCCAUUAUUCUGACGACUACAAAUUAACCCCAUUUGUGACAAAGAACGAUGUGAAUGAAAACACAGUUUUCCAGACUCUUCCUAAGCCCAUUAACUGUGACUGUGUAGCCGGUUUGCCUACUCAACCCCACAGCGGGCCAUUUUUUCUGCCAGAUGCCGCCAUCAGGUUUAGCGCUCCGGUUCUAAGUUCCAGCCCAUACCCGUGCCUUCCUGGGAGGCCAAGUGUGAGUACCCAUGAAUGUGACCCAGGUCGUCCCAGUUAUAAGCGGGCAAAGUCAGCGCCCCGCCGCCGGGUUGUGGAGGCAUGCGCGGAUAGCAGUGAUGAAGAAUGUUACAGGAUUAAAGAGAGAAUCCCUACUCUGCGACCCGGUAACUUUGAUGGGACAGGUUCGUGGAAAGGCUUUAUUUACCAGUUUGAAACAUGUGCCAGAGCCAAUCACUGGUCAGAAGAGACUAAAGCUAUUCAACUCAGAUUCAGUUUAAGUGGUGCUGCUGGCGCUAUUGUCCACAAGAACCCCAACUCUGCUAACUGGAGCUAUGAGCACAUUGUGAAGGAAGUGGACGCUGCUUAUGGGCCGCGGUCAGAGCACGCUGCAGCUGUUGGCAUCGAGCUGAGGCAGAGAGUCAGGAAACAAGGUGAAACCAUGCACACACUCCGAGACGACAUCUAUGAAAAGGUCGCUAUUGUGUAUGGUGACCGUACUGAACUGGAACAGGACUGUGUAGCUGUGGAGAUUUUCACUAAUGCGAUGACCGACGCUGACAUUAUCCAAAAGCUCCUUGAAGAGAAGCCUCGUACACUCGCUUGUGCCUAUGACAUUGCCCACCGGUACGAGACCACAAAGAGAGCAGCCAGGGCCGUAACACAGAUGAUGCGUCCAGGGCUGGGUCCCCGCGGCUCGGCAGCAAGAGCGGCUGUGGUAUUGGAGGAUGCUCCAGCCUCUGAAUGCGAUCAACCAAGAACAACGGAUGUAAAUUUCAUUAUGGCCGACACCGCCCGAAGCACCGAGGUCAUCCUGGGACAUCCCUUCCUGCGUCAGUCCAAUGCAUGCCUGGACUACGGCCGCCGAGAGAUAUCCCUCUUCAACGUAAAAGUUCCACGCUACGACCCCAAUUACCAGCCUGCUGCCGCCCAUGUCGUCCGGAUUGCCCGCACCACUGUCCUGGAACCUGGUCGUGAGUAUGUGGUACCUGGGUCCGCCAGCCUCCGCUCUCAAACCGGUGGCGACCUGAUGCUCAGUCCAACCAAGGCCUUUAUCGAGAAACACUGUGUCCUGGUGGCCCAUGCGGUCGUCCAACCACUAAAGUCCGCCGGCAUUCCCAUCCGAGUCUUCAACCCUGGGUCUACGCCUGUCACCCUGAAGAGAGGAACCGUGGCCGGUGUCCUCCAGCCUGCCGAGGUGGUGGCCACCCUUGAGUCGGCGCCAACCUUGCCCCCGUCUAAGCCGGGGCCCAUUAACUCUGUUUCUGUCCCUUCCCACUUGCAGGUCAUGUAUGGUGAGAGCUGCUCCAUCUUGUCAGAGGGUGACGGCAACAAACUCGCCCAUCUGCUACAUUCCUACGCCGAUAUCUUCUCUACUGGCCCUACUGACCUCGGCCGCACCAACAUCGUGCAACAUGACAUCCAGACCCUGCCAGGGCCUCCAGUCAAGCAGCCUCCACGCAGAAUGGCCGCCGACAAGCAGCUCGCCGCCGACCAGCAGCUUCAACAGAGUCUCGACGCGGAGCAACUGGAGCGCUCGCACCAACUUGCACGAGAGGCUCUGGGAAAGGCCUCUGAAAGAGCAAAGAGACAGUAUGACAAGAACAUUUGCCAAACUCAGUACCUGGUCGGUUCUGCGGUGUGGUACCUGGUCAAAGGCACCAAACGAGUAAGACACAAGGUCCGCAAGUUCCUGCCGUCCUACGAGGGCCCUUACUUUAUCGUGGGUCAGCUGGACGACUUGGUGUACCAGAUCCAGAAAGGUCCAAGGGCAAAGAUUAAAGUUGUGCACCACGACAAGCUCAAACCUUUCCAUUCCAGAGCCCUGCUCGACAACAGCUGGGUUUUCCAGAGAAACGACACACCAACACCACUGGAGGUGUCUCCCCCUGUGUCUGAUGUGGACUCUGACACGGACUUCGGCCCUCUUCAGCUGUGGGACACUACUUCCGAGGAUACCCCUUCAGACACCAGAGACACUACCUCUGACUUCGAGAAUACCCCGGCCGCCGCCAGAGAGGUUGCUGGUCCUUCAUCACCUGGCCCUCAACCACCUGCCAGCCCCACACAGCCUCAGUGGGAUGAGGUUGGCACUCGGCAUACAUCGCAGAGCGUGAGACGGCGUCACCGUUCGAUCUCUGCCCCUCUGUCCAGGUCGCAGAGGACACGGAGAGCACCUGAUAAGUUUGGUGACUGGCUUAGUCACUAG